UCGACGUUCAAAGCAACAGCGCCCACCGAAGGUACACAUACAAUAUGAAGGUUCUGAUCCUAGCAGCUAUCCUGGCGGUUUGUAGAAGCGCGGCGGGCGUGGUGCCAGUGGCAGCGCCUUACGGUUACGCACGUCCGCUUGGUCUGCCCGUCGCGGCACCCGUAGCUGCGUAUGCGCGCCCUCUGGGUGUACCCGUCGCGGCACCGGUCGCAGCGUAUGCCCAUCCUGCUGUUGCCCGCGUUGCCGCCGUUGACGAUUACGAUCCCAAUCCCCAAUACUCCUACGCUUAUGAUAUUCAAGACGCACUCACAGGUGACUCUAAAAGCCAGCAGGAGACGCGGUCUGGCGAUGUCGUACAGGGCUCAUACUCACUGGUGGAGCCGGAUGGCACGAGGCGCGUGGUGGAGUACACUGCUGAUCCACACAACGGCUUCAACGCCGUCGUGCAUCGCGAACCGGUUGGGGCCGUUGUAAAGGCUCCAGCUUACAUCCACUAGUCUAUCCUAUUCAACUCACCACGGGCGUUUCGGGGCCGUUGUAUUUACUCUUAAUCUAGCUUUGCGUAAUGUGAGCAAAGCACGUAGCUAUGGUAAUUUAAAAUACCUUUUGGUAUUAUUUCUCAACAGGCAAUUACAGUCGAUAUUUUGUUAGCUUUAACGAUAUUGAUAAAAAAAAUGAAUGAAGACAGUUUUAUUGAAAUUCGGCAUUGAAUUCUUAAUGUCAACUGUUCGACAUAAAGGUCGAUCACAAUGUUUUAUGCCUUAGGCUGCAAUAGCUACAACCCGCCGGCCUUCAUACGUAGAUUAUCUUUAGAGAUGUUCUUUUACUAUUUACACGAACCUAAAAAUUCAGAGAAAGUGAUAAUAUUCAGAUGUAGUAACAUUUUUGUGUAAAUUCGAUGACUUUUUUUCACACAUUUGAUUGCAAUGUUUCGUAACGCUUGUGGUGACGCAAGUUCGUCCGAACUUCAUCCACCCCUCAUCCAUGUGACCUGAUUGAACCACAUUUAGUUAUAAGGAUAACUUCUAUUUAUAUGCAUAUAUUGUAAGCAUUGUUGAAUAUGUAUUGUUAAAGCUGAGGU